AUGAGUCGACGCUAUCUCGAGCGAAUGUCUGUUCGCGUGGCCAUGGGUGCAAGCGAUCUAAUGAAGUUAUGGGACGAGAAGUUGGGUACCGUAGGUUCCUGUGCAUUUGAGGCAGGGAUUGACAUCCAAUUGGCAACAAUGGAUACCAUAUUGAACAUCAUCAUGGGACACCCACUUGGAUGUGUGGAAUCUACGCGAGCUGCUCUCCAGCUCAAUCCUCCUCAAAAGAAAGACGGAAUAGCAUUAAUCCCGCGUUCAGAAGUACCUCCACUAUACAACGCUGUCAACGCAAUGAUGAAGAGUAUGCAUGGGGCAAGCAGAGCCGCAUUUCCUUCAGUUUACGCUGUCGUGUCUUGCUAUGCAUCUCCUUCAUGGAGAAAGCAGUACAACUUAAUAAGCUCAUUCCUUAACGAUGCUAUCAUCGAUGCUCGGGAACAAGAAAACAUCACAAAAGAAAAGGCACGAGAAGGCGCAGAGAAGUUCGAGAAAGACGAAAUUCUUGAUGAACUGAUGAUGUAUGUUUUUGCUGGUCAGGACACAACAGCUUCGGCGCUCAGGUGGCUGGUUAAGUACCUGGCAACUGAUCCCCAAAUACAGCGUCGUCUUCAUGAAGAAGUCUGUAGUGUAUUCAAUCGUGAUGGUGAUGCAACCGGGCCAUUAGAUUUUGAGUUACUUGAUGACUCCGAUCGCGUACCUGUGUUAGAGGCGGUUGUAGCUGAAACUUUGAGACAUGCUGGCAUCGGGUCUCUUAUAGCAAGAGAACUACUUCAGGAUGAAGUAGCUCUUGGGAGAUUAAUUCCAAAAGGAACCUAUCUAAUGUUUGCUACUGCUAUGAUGAGCAGAGACGAAUCGGAAUGGGGUCCAGACGCGAACGAAUGGCGACCUACUCGAUGGCUAAGGCCAGAUGGCACCUUCAAUCGGCUGGCCGGGCCUAGUUUCCCAUUUGGUGUAGGACACAGGGCGUGUUUUGGACAGAGACUUGCUGUUCUACAGCUUAAACACUUCGUCGCUGCAAUGGCGCGCUCCUUCUUCUUCAAGCCAGUACCUCAUGAAGUUGGCACUUGGGAGGCGAUCGAAACUAUUACAAAGCAGCCAAAGUUAUGCUAUAUAUCUUUGGAGAGAUGGAAAUCUAUGUAG